GGGCUCGCCGUGCCCUGCCAGCGGGGCCCUGGCUGCUCUCGUCCGGGCCACCGCUGGUGACCACUCGCCGCGCUGUCGGAGGCUUCACCCGCGCCCUCCUCCAGGACGCGCCCGCGGAGCUCCGGCCCUUUCGCCUCGGACGCGGAGGCCGCACUGCGCGGGGCGGCGGCGAGGCCGGAAGAUGGCCUGGGUGCUCAAGAUGGACGAGGUGAUCGAGUCCGGGCUGGUGCACGACUUCGACGCCAGCCUCUCGGGCAUCGGGCAGGAGCUGGGCGCCGGCGCUUACAGCAUGAGCGAUGUCCUGGCAUUGCCCAUUUUCAAGCAGGAAGAUUCCAGCCUUCCGUUGGACGGUGAAACUAAACACCCACCCUUUCAGUAUGUGAUGUGUGCCGCGACGUCUCCAGCAGUGAAACUGCAUGAUGAGACGCUCACUUACUUGAACCAAGGUCAGUCAUAUGAAAUCCGAAUGCUGGAUAAUCGGAAAAUGGGAGAUUUGCCCGAGAUCAGUGGAAAAUUAGUAAAGAGCAUCAUAAGGGUCGUGUUCCAUGACAGGCGGCUACAGUACACAGAGCAUCAGCAGCUGGAAGGUUGGAAGUGGAAUCGCCCAGGAGAUAGACUUCUCGAUUUAGAUAUUCCAAUGUCUGUGGGAAUAAUCGACACAAGGACAAAUCCAAGCCAGUUAAACGCGGUUGAAUUUCUGUGGGACCCUGCGAAGUGCACAUCUGCUUUCAUUCAGGUACACUGCAUCAGCACAGAAUUCACUCCACGGAAACACGGAGGCGAAAAGGGGGUGCCCUUUAGGAUCCAGGUUGACACCUUUAAGCAGAACGAAAAUGGGGAGUACACAGAUCAUCUGCACUCGGCCAGCUGCCAGAUCAAAGUCUUUAAGCCCAAAGGUGCAGACAGGAAACAAAAAACUGACCGAGAGAAGAUGGAGAAGAGAACAGCUCACGAGAAAGAAAAGUAUCAGCCGUCCUAUGAUACCACAAUCCUCACCGAGAUGAGGCUUGAGCCUAUAAUUGAAGAUGCAGUUGAACAUGAGCAGAAAAAGUCCAGCAAGCGGACUUUGCCAGCAGACUACGGUGAUUCUCUGGCAAAGCGAGGCAGUUGUUCUCCAUGGCCCGAUACCCCCACAGCCUAUGUGAAUAACAGCCCUUCCCCAGCGCCCGCGUUCACCUCCCCACAGCCGAGCACUUGCAGUGUCCCGGACAGCAAUUCCUCUUCCCCAAACCAUCAGGGAGAUGGAGUUUCACAGACCUCUGGUGAACAACUUCAGCCUUCAGCGACGAUCCAGGAAACUCAGCAGUGGCUGCUCAAAAACAGAUUCUCUUCCUACACAAGACUGUUUUCUAAUUUUUCAGGUGCCGACUUAUUAAAACUGACAAAGGAGGAUUUAGUUCAAAUAUGUGGUGCAGCCGAUGGAAUUCGGCUCUAUAAUUCCCUGAAGUCAAGGUCGGUUAGGCCCCGUCUAACCAUCUACGUCUGCCAGGAGCAGCCGAGUGGCACACCUCUGCCAGGGCCGCAGCCAGCUGCAGGCAGCGGAGGCGAGAACGGCAGUGGGGCGCCCUACGUUUAUCAUGCAAUCUACUUAGAAGAAAUGGUUGCCUCAGAAAUUGCUCGAAAACUUGCAUUGGUGUUUAAUAUUCCCUUCCACCAAAUUAACCAAGUUUACAGACAGGGUCCCACUGGGAUUCACAUUCUUGUUAGUGACCAGAUGGUUCAGAACUUUCAAGAUGAGAGUUGUUUUUUAUUCUCUACAGUAAAAGCUGAGAAUGGUGAUGGUAUCCACAUAAUUCUGAAGUGACGUCUUACGUAGACUGAACUAUACUCAGUACCAAAUAAAGUCACGCUCAAAAGUGUGUGAAGACUGAAUCCAAGAAGUCUUGGGAUUGGAUUUUACCCGAUGAAAUGUUUCAUAUUGAAAACACAAGAUGACCUUUCUGAUGAGCUGAUGAGAGGUGAAUCUCCUCACUGUCACUGCCAUAGCCAAGCAUCCUCGUGAGCAAGCACGUCGAGGGGGGGCCUGCGUGCGUCCAGCAGGGGAGGCCCCCGCGCAGGCCCGGCCGCCUGCGUGCCUGGCACAGGCCAGUAGACACAGUUCUAGGAGCAGCCUUUGCUGUCUUUUUUACACUGUAUGCGGUUUGGAAAUGAAUGUAAAAACUUACCGUGGGCAUUUACCUUUCUGUGCCAGUUCGGCUUUUAUCGCCUGAACCUGAUGCUGACCUGGGGAGGGACGGGGACAGUGCUGUGGUGGAGCCACACAGACUCCGUCUGCGGAGACACGCUCUGUGCAGAUGUGGCGACCGGGGUCAGGUAAGCGGCUCGGCACGGCACCUUCUCGGAGAAAUCAUGUCAAGGGCGGUCCUUGGACUCGAUCGUGCCGCUGGAUCGAGGACGACCCAGCCAGGAAGAUGGGCUUGCGCAAACUGCAUUAUCAGGAGUACCUUGAUGAGAGGAUCAGUGUAAAUCCUAAUAGGUACAAGACGCUUGUGUGUUGCUUUGUCAGAUUUAUUGAAAGAUGUGUUUUGCUUCUGCUUCCAUUUUUAGCAUUUAGUUUCUGGUUUUCAUUUUUUGAAGUCUUUGCCUUUUAAACUCGUGGUUUUCUUUCUCAUUUCCCUCCUCCUCCUCUCCAUCCCCACCCCACCAACAUUCUGUACUUUGACAUUUUUAAAGCCCUACCCCCAACAUUGGAAAUAGGAGACCACUGGAGGAGGAAGAAAGUAUUGUUGAUAAGCUUCGGGCUGGGUGUUACGGGAUCCUUGAUUCAUCUCGUGGGAACACUAGAGGAUGCACAGCAAACACUAAAUGCGUAGCAUAAACGCUCCGCCUCUCCUCACUCAGCCCCCACAGUCGUGGAUGUCUGUCGGUGGUUAUUUAGGGGGGCUUAUCUGCUAGCAUACUUUUCAGAGGGAACCCCGUUUCCUUCUAUUUUCCCUUAUCUUUUUCCCUACCUGUAGCCUCUGCUCACCCACAGCCUUCCCAGAAUUCAUGAGUAUACACGUUUGAGGCCUGUGGUGUAGCAGUCUGAAUUUGUUUUUAAGCUUCGAUUUCACUUUAGUUACAGCAUACUUCCGUCCCAGAUACCCAGGUAUUUUUGACUUUAAUGUUUGAUCCUCAUCUUUGUUGGGGUGGAGAUAGGAGUAAUCUUGAGUUUGAAAUCUCUCCCAGCAGACAAACCACUCCCAUAGGUAAAAGCUUUGACAUUCAUGUUUUAUUCAUAAAAGGGGUGAAUUAUUUGCUAUAAAGAAGCACUGUCUCAAUAUUUUCAUCUAAGGUUUGAAAAUAUCUGUAACUCCUACGGGCCCCUAGGUGGAGAGCUUUCCUUUUCUGUCUGUCCUCUUUGCGUUUGUAAAACCAUGUGUUUUCUGGAAAAGAAGCAGGCUAACCCCUUAAUUGUUUUAGAGUUUUGCUUGUCUAUUUAGCAUUCCUUUUUGGGUCUCAAGAUUUAUGGAACAAUAAAUGUCAUUAAAUGCUGUGUGCUAUUUUGAAUUCCUCAUCAGGUUUUAGAAGUGGGAUAAAAA